UCUAAGUAAAUAUACGGCAAUCUAAAAUUAGAUGCUAUCAACACUGCCUAUGAUUUAUGUCAUUCACACCUUACGCAAAGUUACAUGAGUGAAUGUGUCGAGCGCACAAAGAAUUGAAUUUUAUCUAUUAUUUAAUCACAGUAACAAUGCUAUUGUAGUGGGUGCAAGUGUGAACCCGCGUGUGCCGCGACCAUGGGCUACGACAUCGGCUGGAUAAUCCCGCGCUUGCGGAAUCCAGGCAGGCUCUGGUACUGUGCGAGCUCCAUCACAGUUGCUGUCGUCGGUUUAUUUAGCAAAAUUAUCAUAGUGUUCCUUAACAAAACAACGGUGUACAACCGUGAGACGCUGCAGCGCGCCGUGGGCCGGGCCACUGGAGUUCCGCUCCUCACCGUCUCCAACCACCACUCCUGCUUCGACGAUCCUGGCCUCUGGGGUGUGUUGGACUGGACAUCGCUGGCGCGCGGUUAUCGCAUGCGGUGGUCGCUGGCAGCUCACGACAUAUGCUUCACUAACGCGCUGCACUCGUAUUUUUUUUCGUUGGGCAAGUGCGUGCCUGUGGUGCGCGGUGCAGGCGUAUACCAGCCCGCGAUAGACUUCUGCAUAGAACGUCUGUCGGCAGGCGAGUGGGUGCAUAUAUUCCCCGAGGGUCGUGUCAACGUAGAAAAGGAGCAUAUAAGGUUCAAGUGGGGCGUGGGCAGGAUAGUUGCGGACGCGCCCUGCAUGCCGCUCGUGCUGCCCAUAUGGCACGAGGGAUUCGACAAAGUGCUGCCCAACCAGGAACCGUACUUGUUGAAGUUCCGCAAGCACGUGUACAUGAACGUGGGCGAGCCCAUACAGCUGGAACACCUCCUCGACAGGUUACGAAAGGCUAAUGCAACGGAAGAGGAGACCCGUAAAGCGAUCACGGACCGCAUACAAGAGGAGCUGCUGCGGCUGCGCGACCGCACGCACGCACUCAUGCGCAGGCACACGCACGCACACACGCACGAAACGUGCACCCACACGCACGCGCACAAUACAGCCACGCACAUGAACAACAGAACGCACACUAACGAGAAAAAGGAACAGAAUGAAACCGACACGAAGGCGGGUGGCGACGCGCCAUCCCUGGUGCCCAACGGGCGAGACAAGGGCUGCGAGAAAGAGAAGGAACUAUAGGCGGCACCGUUCUCAUCCCCGAUCCCGGGCUUUCAGUGAUCAGUGUACAGCCCUCUGUGGACCAGUUUUAAUGUGCGAACAAUCCACAGUCUAUAUUUGUCGAUCAAGAUGAAGCGAACACUUCAGUGUGACUACAAUCUUAACUGGAUGACGUGAAACCGGACAGUCACCAGAUCCUCCUCUACCUCCAUAAUAAAUAGUACUCCGAGCGAGUCGGAGUACGAUACCUCGUCAGUUAGACGGGUAAUCAAGUCGAUUACAUACAUUUUGUGAAACUGUGACAUCAGUAUGAGCAGCUCUAUAUUCUAUAUUUUUAAGAAUAUAGCAUUAAAUAUUUUCUAAAAAAAAACUUCUAAAAUAUCAUAUUUUCGCCAAAAAGUAAAAUUCUAAAUCUGACAUAUUUUCUAUCGAUACUUUUGCGCUACGGCGGUGACUUUUUCUGGACUCUUUACAGCGGCGUCUCGCGACGCCCACAUAUCAAUCGACUGGCGUCGUGCCUCAUCCGAUACCUUAUUUACAAUAUACAUUUUAUAUGAGCGUUUAUAGUGUUACCGUUUGUACUAACUUUACCGUUAACUCCAGAUCCAGGCCAUCCUUUACGCCAGACAAUUCAAUAGAUAUCAAAUAAACAAACAAAUACAUCAUAACUGAAAGUAGUAUUCAUUUAUGACAUCAAACCGAUAUCCAUAACACUUUGUCUGGCGUGAAGGGUUACUUUACCUGUGAUAGUGACGUAACGCGCACAAGUGGCCCCGAGGAGGUGUUAUCCCGCAUUUAUUCCGCGAUCCAUAGGAAAGAUAUAUACAUUGCAUUGCCUUUAAGUAUUAUUAUGUGGUGAAGGGCCCGCAGGCCGCUGGCGCCCAACGUGGGGUACCAGAUGGAACUUUAUAAUCUGAAAAGGUUUAUGUCACCUAAUAUAGUAUAUCUGAUACCCGGUUCCGUCAGGUGCCGACGGCCAUCUUCCUGUCAGUGUAUGUGUAAGGUGUACUGUGUGCGUGUCUCGCUAGUGUCGUGUGCUGUUCCUCUUUCCCUCUCCUAUACAUCCUGUCUUCCCUUUCUUUCCCUAGCGUCUCGACACACGCUCCAUGUAUAUCGCCGUUCUCGACGUUGCGCUCCUUCCAAAUCUUACAAGUAUUCGUGAGUCCCGUGUACAGUAUAAUAUUCCAGGAGCUUCUAUUCCGAGUGCCCACUGAUAAUUUUUAUAUCGAGUUUAUAUCUAUUUUUUACACAGUUUUUAUAUAAACUAUCGUUUACACCUAGUAGGGUGUUCGUUGUCGUUGUAAAGUCCAUCCUUGUUGUUGCGUGUUUGUGUGUGUGUUGUUGUGAUGAGUGUUGACGUUACCGACGCGUGUGUGCGUGCUCGUUCCCGAUGUGUCAUGUACAUUUUGUUACGUUGUGUAGAUAUAAUCUAGUUUACGGAGGCUGUAUGUGUGUUAGUUUGUUACUUGCCUGUUCGUAGUUCUGCUUGUAUGCAGCUGCUGUGUUAAGGUUCAUGUGCCAUUACGGUACAGUACAUAUCCCAUCACUGCAUAAUUUUGGGAGUUUGAAUAUUUUUAUAUUGUUUCAACUCCUCCGUAAUGUACACGAACCUUGAGGAGACUACUACAUUGUUAUACCGUUAUCCUUUUAUGUAUAUCAAGUCUUCCAAUAAUUUUCCGAGUUUACUUCUUCCAAUAAUUUUACAAUUACUACUCGUAUCCUGCGUCUGUUUUUCUGAAAAACAUCAUAUGAUAUUCUAUUUACGCCAUAUCGGCAGGGCUGUUCGUGGCUCUAUAAUGUAAAUCGGCAUAUGAACCGUUGAAAAAUGAUCAUAUUUAAAAAAAAUGUAUAUUACAAAUGAAUUAAUUUUCCUAGCCAAGCGAGUUCUCCACCAGUUAUGUGAAUACUUUUCAUUGUGAAACAAACGCAAGGAUCGCGUAUACGAAGUCGGUACAUUAUUCAAUGUUUCUUUAUAAUUCUGAACGAGUGCCAUUUGUAUGGAAUAACUUGAUUGUAAACUGAAUUCAACAGUUUGUGCAUCGGUUCAGUAUUUGUAACAUAACUGUGUUGUGUCAACUCCUUCCUACGUACACUAGACACACUCGCUAUCUAUAGUCGAGAGAAGUAAUUUCUUCAGAAAAUGGCAUGACUCAAGCAGGUAUGAAUAGAAUGAAAUAAGUACUGUAAUUAUAGUAUCCUUACUAAUAACAGUUCUUACUUCAUUCAAAUUCUUGUUUAUUUGUCAAAUUUGUUUUCUUAAAUAAUAUUUCACUCACAUAAAUUUGAAUUAACUAUAGAUACGGGUGUUAAUUACUUUAAAUAUUUUUUCUUAGUUAAUAUAAAUUUGAUAUAUUUAAUAAACGUUUGUAUCUAUACUCGUAGAAUUUACCAAUUCAUGAUACGUCCGACCAUUUCAUGAAACGGAGUAUGACCGCUUCAUGAUGUAGCCAAACAAAUAUCAUUAAACGUUGACGCUUAAACGAUAUGAUCAAUUUUAGGUAACCGUUUCAUGAAAUAACCGGUCGGAUCAUGAAAUUAUCAAUUCUACGAUAUGGCCACGACAUAUACAUAUCUUAAAUGCACCUUAUACCGCCUUACAUAGAGAUAUCUUACAUAGAGGUAUAAGAUUUAUCUAUAUACUAAUUUUCCGCUAGCGGCUACGCCCGCGUGGUUCUGUAUUAUGCAUGUAAAAUUUCCAGAAGCACUGUCUAUAGUGAUGAAAACCGCAUUAAAAAAUCCGUUGUGUAUUUUAAAACAGCGUUCAGACAACAGGAAGCGUCUAUACUAUGUAUAGAUUGAAUCUCGUUAACACAACACAGUUGUGACAGAGUAUGGGAAUCUGUACACGAUUUAUGUAAUGUAAAAUAUAUCAGUGUAAAUAUAAGAGGCGAUUGGCCGCUCCUACGACAUGCUGUGUGCUUGUAUAUGUGUGCGGUGUCGUGUGUGAAGGGUCGAGGUUUUGUAUAUAAUAAUGAAGCGGUUACAUAUUUUAUUUAUUGUGGCUUUGUCGUCUGAAUUAACGUCGUGAGGAAUGCUUUUUGAGUAUCUAAGUCUACUUUAUUUUUAAUUAAAUUGAUGGACCUUG